UGAAGGGCAGGCUUUCGAGACUUCGCUGAACAGUGACUUUCGCUUUGCGUGAGCAUCCCGUUUUGCUUUUGUGAAGACAAAGAGAAAAAAAUAAAUAAAUACAUAAAUAAAUAAAAGUAAAGAGAAGUAAGCGGCAGCAAUUAGAUCCCCCAGCAGAAGUGACAGCAGGUGUGAAUUCAUGUCUGUAUUUUCACCGCAGAUAUACUGCCCAGUGUUUGUGCCCAGCCGAGAUAUGACUGAGGUGAUGAUCAACAGCACCCCCAUGGAGGACAUGAGGCUCAGCCCCAGCAAGGACAGACUCUCCUUCCAGAUAUUCCCAGACCCCUCGGAUUUUGAUCGCUGCUGUAAGCUCAAAGAUCGCCUCCCAUCCAUUGUGGUUGAGCCGACAGAAGGAGAAGUUGAGAGCGGGGAGCUUCGCUGGCCUCCAGAGGAGUUUUUGGUCAGUGAGGAGGAGGAGGACGAAGAGGAGGAAGAGGAACAGAAUAGCAACAUUCAAAAUGGACAGCCAGCACAGAACUCGCAGCACUAGAGGCUGUGUUAUAGCACCCAUACACUCUUUCUUCUUUCUGAUGGACUCUCCCGUUUCAUACACUGGUUAUACUUCACAUCAGCACUCCAGUUCACUCAACUGACAGACGCUGUCUCGUUUCCCAUGACACCAAAAAAGAAAAAAAAAAUCACUCCACGCGAGAAGCAAUAUGCACACAUAAACACACUUUUAUGACAUCGUAACUUAUCCUUCUGGACUGCAAAUCAAUCAAAAACAGACUUGGAAGAGAUCAGACAAUGCACACCUCUAACCUUCACCUACUUCUUACCACCGUGUGUGUGUCUCGGCCCAGACCAGAUGUCCUGUUGGACAGCGGCAGCUCAGUGCUCCAUGGACAGGUCUCGCACUGCAGGAGGCUACUACUGCUCUGUACCUAACUUCAAAAUGGCUGGCGUCAUGACCCCAGAGGCUUCCUACUUGUAUGCAGAACUAUUGUGGUACCCGUGGGAAUUAUUGUACAGUACACUGUCCAUGUUUGUGUUCAGAAUCUGGUUUGCUAUGUUAUUAUUAUUGUAAUUGCCACUGCUGUAGACUUGUCUGUUCUGGAGAAGCUGAAACUUUGUGACUUGUCUGUUGAAUGGGUUUUGUGCAAAAUGUUGUUGGGAAUGUUUUAGGUUUUUUUUUUGUUUGUUUGGUUUUUUUUUUGUUUGUUUUUUUUGUCCUUCACUGUCAGCCACUCGCAUUUAAAAAAAUAAAAAAAUAAAUAAAUGGGAAAAAAUAGAAGUGUUGUGAAAAUCAAAGAGGUGAAAAAUGGUAUGCAUGAUAAAUAUAUGUGGGACGAGUUCAUUUUUGCCCGUUAUGUACCAAAGUCAAGUUAUGCUAUGAUCCCCCCUCGUGACACUGGCCUCCUGAAAGCCUUAUGAUGGACAGUAUUUUGAUGACGCAGCAAAAUGAUCUGACUGAGAACUAAAAGUGUCACCGACAGGCUGCUGUUCAAAGAGAAAAGCUGAAUAAGGGUGGGAAAUGUUAAAUUUUGAAUAGCACUUAAUAAAGCAAUGUACAGACCCAAUGAAGGAUAUGUAAAUACUUGUUCCUAGUGAGCCGACCCCCCCCCCGAGGCCUUGUAGUGCACUGAUCGUCUUUUUUUUCUUGAUUUCUUUGUAACUUUUUAGAAAGACAAAGUCUGAGAUUCACUCUGAGCUGUACACAUUUGAUUGUCUUUCCCAGUCUUCCUCUUUUGUGUUGUUUUGUUUUUUUUGUUUUUUUUUAAACAGCCAUACUUUUGAAGCAACACCAUGAAGUACAGGUUGUAGAGAAUUCGCACUGUGGGCCACAGUUUGCAGAAGUAAUCUUUGUUCACGUCGUUCUUGGAACUCCUGAUGUUUGCCAAAAGCUGUUAAUAUUGUUACUGGUUCUCUGGUAGUAAUGUGUCAGUUUAUUUGCCUACAGUGUUUCUGUGUUCUUCACUCAGUCAUCAUGACUUGGUGUAUGUGGGGUCAGUUUCUAACUGUUGUAGAAGCAUGUCUGAGAUAUUGUCUUUGUAUUUUCUCAUUUUUGUGGCAUUAGGGCUGUGUACAGAACAUCUCUCUCUCCUGUCACCUGCAGGUCCCACAUUUUUUUUGUAAAGCUCAGGGAGAUAAGCCGCCAUCUUUCUCUUGUUUUUUUUUUUUUUUUUUUCCUGUUAUUUUUGUAUUUAGACCACUCUUCUCAGUGACUAUUACAAAGGCUGUAAAUAAACAUUUGAAUUUGCUA